CAGUACAAAAUCAAGUGCAGUUCAACGGGUACUUCGGUUGCCCAUGGUGCAUGGUUGCUGGGGAACACUUGGAAGGUGCCAUGCGGUUUCCAGAGGCACAUCAAAUCGAAGAACGCACCCACGAGCUUGUGCUGCGGGACAUGAAGUAUGCGGUCACCUAUGAAACAACGGUGAACGGCUUCAAGGGACCCUCUCCAUUGAUUAAUCUGGAGAACUACGACAUGGUGUCCGGCCAGGCAUGCGAAUAUAUGCACUCGGUUCUUCUGGGCGUGACCAAGCAGCUGACGGAGCACUUGCUGGAUUCCUCCAACUCUGCCGAAAGGUUUUACAUUGGAAGUCCCCAGUCUCUGGAAUCUGCAAACAAGCUCCUGAUGUCCAUCCGGCCACCUCACUGCAUCACUCGCCUGCCACGCUCUCUCUGUGAGCGGAGCUAUUGGAAAGCCAAUGAGUGGCGGAACUGGCUGCUCUACUACAGUGUGCCUUGUCUGGAGAACCUGCUACCUCACCGCUACUGGAAGCAUUGGUGCCUGCUUGCGGAGGCGAUAUGGAUACUGCUGUCGACAAGGAUAUCGCAAGAAAUGAUCAGCCAUGCCGAAUCACUCCUCAAGAGGUUCGUGGACCAGGUGCUACGACUGUAUAACGCGAAAAUGAUGACAUUCAACAUGCAUCAGCUCCUGCAUCUGGCAAAGUCAGUGCGUGACCUGGGACCACUGUGGGCACACUCUGCGUUUGUUUUUGAGACGGGAAACGGAAAGCUUGUGAAAUGUGUGACAGCUGCAAAGGGCGUACCCCUGCAGAUUUUGGAGCGUGUGUGCAUGGCACAAGAAGUAGAGUUGUUGCCCAUAACAUUAAACAUUUCAUCGCCUGUGAAAGCUGUAUGCGACAAGAUGCUUAAGCAUCGGCUUGUGCAGACGGCAUGUGAGGUGGACGGUGUAACUCUGCUGGGUCAGGCAAGAAAUGUUACCAACCUUUCAGCCAGUGAACAAGAAGCUCUCCUUCAAGCUGGGUACCCUCAGACAGUCUCAGUAGGAGAGUACUUCCGGUUUGUUUUUGAGGGCAACAUCAUCACAAGCAGGCAGUACACCCGUGAAAAAAAGAGUAACAGUACUGUAAUUAUGGGGUCAGACUCUUUGUUUUAUGUAAUUAAUAGAAUCGUAGAGCUUUCUGCUCCAUCGAAGCCAUGCCUUCUCCUUUGUAAAGAAAUAGUGACCGUUGACGGUGAUUAUCCAGCUCACAUGCAAGAGUGUUUUAUCUCUCCAAGCAAUAUCGUUCAAGCACUUCCUCUAUCUCUGAUAUCCUCUGUGUGUGUGUUUGUAGAUAUUGGUAACAAGGCUUUUGUUUGUAAACUCCCAAACAGAAUUGAAAGGGAUUGAGAUGACAUGAGUUCAUGUUUUCUGCUCAAAUGAGGAGUGUCAUGUGCAUGUGUUUUUAGUGCACAGGAAUGAUGUCCUUGAGUCGCACCCGGCUGCUUAAAAUGACUAUACACCUCUGGUAAUGUGGUUGAAGUCUAGCGGCCUUUAUUAUAGGCAGUUUUCAAAGGAUAUUUCACAAUUCUCCUAAGAAAAGUUAAAUUGAAAACGACUGGGUGCGGCUGGAAGAUGGCAGUCCCGUCUGUCAAAACUUGGAUGCGCGCACUGGAAUACGGAGUCACGUGUUCAUCUGGACUAUACCUUUACACUCUUCAAUAGUUGUACCCUUUCCAUUUGAGUGAAUGAUUAAAGGCCAGUAGAGUUUUCUCUGGGUACUGCCAACACCUGCUAUAGUCAGUGACACGUUAAAAGUGAAGUGGAAACUCCGCGUCCAGCACACACUCGUUACUUUUUGCCAUGCUUGGGCUGCGCGGGCACGCUUGUGCUAUCAAGGCUACCUUGCGUUGGAGGCACAGCUUCCACUUUACUCUUAAAGGCCGAUGUACGACCUCAAUCUUCUACAGGGAAGAUAAUCUUCUUGGCUUCCUCCUCUCCCAAACUGUGAGGGGAUCCAUGCUGCAUGAAGGUGAAAAGGGGAGGGAUACUUGGGAGAAUAGAAAGUGCAAAAAAAAUGGAAUAUACAAAGCGUAUAUCGGUCUUUAAUCUGUCGCUGACUAUAGUAACAGGGCCUUAGUGCUGAAUAUGCCUGAAAAACAAGUUGAGAAAUUGGUGGUCUCCUUAGUUAGCUAUGUUAUUUUUCUUAUGUGUUUAUUUUAUUUUGUUUAGUAAGUGACCAUAUUUGCUCAUGGUCCAGGCUCACCAAGAUGUUUUGUCACUUAUCACAGAUAUGCUUGCUGUAUGUAAUUUCAUGAGAUUUGUUUUGUAAAUAACCUGAAUUAGUUACUUUUUUUUUUUCGUCACUUAUGACAGGCAUAGUUUCAAUGUCUAACUAAACUUGUUUUGAACAUGAUGUGAGAUAUUUUGUUCUUUUGCAGCUCAGGCUCACCCAUUUAUUUUCUGUUUGUUUUGCCACCUGUAAUAAAAUAUAUGUGACUUGGUCA